AUGCUCGCCCUGGAGGCUGCACAGCUGGACGGGCAGCACUUCAGCUGUCUGUACCCAGAUGGAGUCUUCUACGACUUGGACAGCGGCAAGCACCCCAGCUACCCCGACUCCGAGGGGGCCCCCGACUCCCUGUGGGGCUGGACUGAGGCCCCAGCUGUCCCUGCCACCUCCUAUGAAGUCUUCGACCCAGCAGUAGUCACCUUCAGCCACCCCCAGGAUGUGCAGCUCUGUUACGGACCCUCCUCGACAUACAACCCUGUGGGGAGCCUCGACCCUGCCACCAGCCUGGAGGCCCCGGGGCCCGGCUUCCCAGCGUACCCCACGGAGGACUUCCCUGGCCAGACCCCGGGGCCCCCGGCUUAUGCCCCGUACCCCAGCCCCGUGCUGUCGGAAGAGGAGGAUCUCCUGCUGGACAGCCCCGCCCUGGAGGUCUCGGACAGCGAGUCGGAUGAGGCCCUCAUGGCUGGCCCCGAGGGGCGGGCAUCCGAGGCAGGGGCCCGCAAGAAGCUGCGCCUGUACCAGUUCCUGCUGGGGCUGCUGACUCGCGGGGACAUGCGCGAGUGCGUAUGGUGGGUGGAGCCAGGUGCCGGGGUCUUCCAGUUCUCCUCCAAGCACAAGGAGCUCCUGGCGCGCCGCUGGGGCCAGCAGAAGGGCAACCGCAAGCGCAUGACCUACCAGAAGCUGGCCCGCGCCCUGCGCAACUACGCCAAGACCGGCGAGAUCCGCAAGGUCAAGCGCAAGCUCACCUACCAGUUUGACAUUGCGCUGCUGCCGGCGGCCCGCCGCGCCUGA